AUGUCAUUCGGAUCACUCCACAACCGUCUCACGACAGACGUCGCAUGCACCUGUUCGAGUCCCAGAUCACACGUAUUAGGACGUAGCUACAAAGUAUCUGAACGAGGGAUCAGACAGCACUGGCGAAUCAAGGCUACAUCUUUGAGACAAUUUAAUGGGGAUGGCUCCUUGACCAGUGUCACGACACCUCACAGCGGCUACCACUUCGAUGGGUCCAGGGAUCGCUUCUUUGAGGGGUGGUAUUGGAAGGUGUCACUUGGAGGACCGGGAGAAAGUUUUGCUUUCAUAUAUUCGAUCGAAGACCCAAAGGGAAAUACCCAGACCGGAGGCGUCGGAGCUCAGGCAUGUACAAGUGUGCCCUGGCUCACCUUGCUAAAGGCACAUGCGCAGAUAAUGGGUCCGGGAGAUUCCUAUCUGCUGCAGUACUCGAAUAAUGUGGGUGCAUUCUGGGCUGACCAGCACAGCUUGGCUCUGGGAGCGAGAUUCAGAGCUCCAAAUGGUCAGGCACUGCGAGUGGCGCCGCAAUCAAUCCUUCCACAGGAUGCCUUCGACAGAAGUGUGGACCAGGGGUAUCAGGCAAGCCAGACCUGGCAUCAGGGAAGCUUGGUGGCGGAUGAGGCUGGCGCGAGAGGAGACCUCAGAUCCACGGUGCCCUCAGCACAGUGGGCAUUCUCGGUGACGCCCAUUGACGGCUGGGGCCCACGGGCUGGAAAGCAACAGGCCACGGCUGGCUGGCUCGCUGCACUCCCAGUCUUCGAGCCACACUGGCAGAUCUUGAUGGCGCGGGGGACUGCAAGCGGGUGGGUACAGUGGGGGAAUCGCCGCUAUGAAUUCACAGACGCACCAGCAUACGCAGAGAAGAACUGGGGGGCCGGGUUCCCCAAGAAGUGGUUCUGGGUGGUCGCCACCGGCUUUGAGGGCGAGCCUGACGCCAGCCUGACAGCUGUGGGUGCGAGAAGGGGCCUACUGCAGCUGCCAGGGGUGGAGGAGGAUGUAGGAAUGGUGGGCAUCCAUUGGAAGGGCCAGUUCAUAGAGAUGGUGCCCUGGAAUGGCGACGUGCAGUGGGAAGUUGAGCCCUGGGGCCGCUGGCGCAUCUAUGCGAAGAACAGCCAGUAUGAGGCGCUGGUGGAAGCUGGCUGCAGCUCCCCGGGGACCCCCCUGCGCGCCCCCACAGCUGACCGCGGCCUGGAUGUCUUCUGCCGGGACUCCUUCCACGGCGAGGUGAGGCUGCGAGUGUGGCGCCGAGACAGUGCGGGAGUGAGGAGAACUGAGCCUCUGAUUGAUCUGCACACCAACGAUGGGGCAGUUGAGGUGGGCGGCGGCCCUUGGUGGAGCACCUGGCAAGCUCAGGCGGAGAUGCAGCAGCCGCUGAAGUCCAUUGUGGGCCUGCCAGUGGACGUGGAGAGUGUUGUAGCGGCUCUUCCGCAGGCAUUGCGCCCUCCUGGCUUGUAG